AAGAGGGGGGCCAAAGUACAGAACUUUCCCUCAGGGUAUGCUCCAAGUUCCCAACUUGGCUUCUCUUUUUCCAUUUUGUUUUUCUGUUUUCCGGGGUUUUAUGUUCACUCUCCUCUGCUCAACUCCUAUUUCUCCUCCCAGGAAAAAAAAUCAUAAGAAAAAGAAAAGAAAUGUAUGCAGAGACUGGGUUAGCGUUUCGAUUCAUGCAGGGUUGUUCUCCAGCGAUUCAGGAGUUUGAAGACCUCUUCAAAUCCUACAAGCUCUCCGAUGAAAUGAACAAUCUUGUUGAGGCAUGUGAGUAUGAUUUUGGAGAAGAGAGUGACCUAUUCAAAGCCCCUGAGCCGAUCAUUGAAGAUCCACUCUCUCAAGAGAUUGUUGAACUCAGUGAUCUCGGGUCGUUGCAGAGUGACCAACAGCUUAUAGACAAGGCGUUCUACGAGUGUGAGCAGGACCUCCUGGUGAAAUCAGCCAUGGAGUCUCCGCUCUCUGAGGUACUAGACAUCAAGAACAUCCCUUUAGUGGCAAAAAUGGACAAUGUUAUGAAGAGUAGUAGUGUAGUCGUCUCUGAUGUCCCAAUUCCGAAGAGCGUGAGCUCGGGGAACCUGAGCUCAAUGGAUAUGGCACAGCACAAGGAUGCGGUGAUUCAGAGCUUCCCCGAUGUAAUAAGAAGAGCCUUUAGCGAAAGCGAUAUACAGACACUAGGGACUAGAAACGCGGGUCUUGUUCAGACUCAGUUGGAUCGAGUAAUCGUAAGUUGCACCUCUGAGGAUCGCCGUGAGAAGCUUUCUAGAUACAGGAACAAAAAGAGCAGGCGGAAUUUCGGGCGUAAAAUCAAGUAUGCUUGCAGGAAGGCUCUUGCAGACAGUCAACCGAGGAUCCGAGGAAGGUUUGCAAAAACAGAGGAGGUGCAGAAAUGAGGAUUAUUAGUUAGGUUUUAAAGCUGAGCAAGAAGACUAGUUUGAUGCAGUGAUCAAAAUAUAAGCCAACCCACUUCUCGUUUUUGUAUAUAAGGGUUUGUCUGAAUAAGCCUAAUUAAGGAGUAAGGUCUAGGGAA